GUCACGAGGUCUUUCCCUUCACGCCUUAGCAAUCGCUGUUUCGGCAUUGGCGGCGUACAAUACAAGUCACCGCCCUGCCAAGCGUCUUUGUACCUACUCAGACCAUCACCAAACUCUUCGACGAGCCACCACCUACCACCACACACCCCUUCCUUGCUGGCAACCUCAACUAUUAAAGUACAAAUAAAAAUAGACCUGGCGGAGUUGCUAGGAAUACACUCGGCUUAAUAAUAUUGUAUCCUCAUAUCGGUCCUCCACCAACAUGGCUUUCGCUACAAAGAGCCUCUUCGGGGAUUUCAUCACCGCGAUAGCCUUCUUUGUCCUCCUCGCUCAGACUGCUGCAUCCGAUUUCACUGUCUCUUACUGCUCUUCCCAGAACACGGGCUCAGGCAGCGAAGAUUUGGUCCACAUCUGGCAAUCCAAUGGCUGGUGCCAUGACAAGUGCGUAGACGUAGCUGCCUUUGCCGUAGUCCAGAAUCAGUCUUGUUGGUGCUCCGACUACAUACCUGCCAACCAACAAGACACCGGCGAUUGCAAUGAGGACUGUCCUGGAUUUCCAGACGAGAAGUGCGGCAAUCAAGAGAAGGGCUUGUUUGGCUACAUUGCUCUUGAAAAGAAGCCUUCUGGCACUCAAAGUGCCUCACAGCCCUCUGUGACCAAAGUGAGUACUCCUCCAGUAUCUGCUUCUUCUCAGUCGCCGAGCUCUUCGGCUGCACCUUCAUCGGACGCCCCAUCAAGUGAGCCGACUGCAGUCAGUAGUAGAUCUCCUUCUCUCCUUGCCUCUGCAAGCAUUGAUAUUACUGCAUCGUCGCGCUCGUCUAUUCAUAUUCUUUCUCAAUUUACCUUUCCAUAUACCCAAUUGGUUGCUCGUUCUACAAUUUCAGUUGGAUCAUUUUCUUGGAUUAGUUUGUCUCCUUCAGCUCCGCCAAGUCCUGUUUCCUCUGCCAAAGAGACCCACCAGAACCCAGAGACUGUCGUUGAGACCGUCACUGCGUCCCCUCCGGUGGUCACAUUGACACCUUCUGCACCAGGUCCUGCUGCCACGACUUUCAAAACGACCGCAUCGAGCGUACCGAGUCAGGCUUUUGUCCCCACGCCUAUCACCAGCGUUCAGACCCUGACCGUCAGCGGUGUCGUUGUCACCCAAACUGUUGUAUCCUCCGCUGGAGCUGCACCAGCUUUGACCGACCACCAAAAGAAAGGCACUCCCAUUGGGGCCAUCGUCGGAGGCGUCAUAGGUGGCCUUGUAUUCCUUGUGCUGCUUGGCCUGUUAGCCUUCUUCCUUAUGAGGAGAAGGAAGCUGCAACAAGACGGAGGUCAAUCUGGAGUCCAGCGUAACACGAGUACAAUGAGCAGGAGUGGACUAUUGGCAGGUGAAAAACUACCAGCCAUCCACACAAAUGUCAAGCGUAACAGUCGUUUCGGCGUCGAUAACGAUUCGAUUAGCCCAAUCUCUGGUUCGGACAGGCGAAACAGCCGCCCCUACAUCUACGACCAACGUCUCAACCCAUCCGCUAUGAUGACUCUAGACAAUGUGAGCCGAGCUAGUGUUGUCAGUCUAGACGAUGGACGGGAUUAUGGACGGACCCUCAAUGUCACCAACCCUGAUCCUGACCCUCACCCUAAGUGAUCAGAUCCAAAGUCCACUAACGUUCGGAAAUCUCCUCGAACACUUCCCACACCAUAACGAAUAACGACUAUGAAAACUGUGCGACUACUCGGCUGCCCCCUCUUGAUAUUCCCCCAUAAGCAUCGGCGUAUUGGCGUUCUGGUUUGU